AUGUCGACAGUCCGUUUGCUCCCGAAAGCAUGUUUAGUAAUGGACCAGCGAAUAAACUUAAAAUGGUGCCAGCUUUUUUUGUUGCUCAUCCUCCUUUUCGAUCUUUCCUUUGGAGAAGUCCGUUAUUCCCUUCCUGAGGAGAUGCAGCGGGGAUCGGUUAUCGGGAAUGUUGCGCGGGAUCUGGGGCUGAAAGUGACGGAGCUUGAUGCUCGUCGAGCCCGUGUUGUUGCGGAAGGAACAAGCCAGCUGUGUGAUCUGGACACUGCGUCAGGCAAUCUUUUGAUCAGCCAACGGAUAGACCGAGAGGAGCUCUGCGCGCAAGCAACUGUCUGCAUCCUACAGUAUCAGCUCUUACUUGAAGAUCCCCUUCAAGCGUACAGCCUCGUUUUGGAUAUUGCAGAUAUAAAUGACAACAGCCCCGUUUUUGCUGCGGGGGAGAUAAAUCUAGAUUUAGUGGAAUCCACCGUUCUAGGGAGGCGCUUUCCUUUGGAGAGCGCGCAUGACCCCGAUCUGGGUACCAACUCUGUCCGUGAAUAUAAACUCAGCCCGAACGAUCAUUUUGCACUGGAAAUGAGUACCCAAAUAAACGGCAAUGCGUAUCCGGAACUAGUCCUUAAAAAGCCCCUGGACCGGGAGGCACAAGCUGAACAUGUACUGAAAAUCAAUGGAAUUGACGGGGGGAGUCCAGUCCGAUCAGGAACUGCUUCCAUCCAUAUCCGUGUCCUGGACGCCAAUGAUAAUGUCCCAGUUUUCAGCCAACGAGUCUACAAAGCCUCUGUGCCAGAGAACUCGGCUGUAGGGACUAUCAUAGCAACACUGAAUGCCACGGACUCAGAUGAAGGUGUUUAUGGAGCGAUAACAUACUCUUUCAGUCACCUGUCAGACAAAAUGGCGGGAGUUAUUGAAAUUAACCCUCUGAGUGGGGAGGUACGGGUGGCUGGUCUUAUUGACUAUGAAGAGGCUAGUACGCACGAGCUGGAUGUUCAGGCUAAAGAUGGCGGCGGUCAGGCCUCUCACUGCAAACUCAUAAUUGAUGUCAUUGACGUAAAUGACAAUAAACCCGUGAUAGAAAUAAAGUCAGCCUCUGCUAACGUGGCUGAAAACUCGAAACCAGGGACUAUGGUUGCUCUGAUUAAUAUUUACGACCUGGACACAGCAAGCAGCGGGCGCGUCACGUGCACAAUCUCAGACAAUGUCCCCUUUAAAUUUGUAUCAGAGGUCAAAAACUACUACAUGCUCGUGACUGACGGAAUAUUAGAUAGAGAACUUCAACCGGAGUAUAACAUCACGGUCAUUGCCACCGAUGCGGGCUCGCCCUCCCUCUCCAGUGUGAAAGUUCUAACAAUCGUGGUUAAUGAUAUAAAUGACAACCCCCCGACUUUUACACAGAGCGAGGUCAAUGCCAACAUUUUGGAAAACCAACCCAUUGGCACCUUUGUGAUGAAAGUGAAAGCGGAGGACCCCGAUGGUGGAUCUAAUGCUAAAAUACUGUACCAAAUAUCAAAGGACACAACCUCAGAGGUGGCCUCUUUUCUCACCAUCAACUCAGAAACAGGGGAACUCUUCACGUUGCGCCUCUUCGAUUAUGAACAGUCAGUUCACUUCCAGAUCAAGGUGACAGCCCGAGAUGGAGGAGACCCCACACUCUCCACUACCUGCACCAUAAACGUUUUCAUUAAGGACCAGAAUGACAAUGCACCUGUUGUCCUAUAUCCUCUCCAAACCACUGGGUUCGUGGCUGAAGAUAUGGUGCCACUGGAGGCGCCCAGAGGAUACCUGGUUACUAAAGUGGUAGCUGUGGACGCAGACUCAGGCCAUAACGCCUGGCUGUCCUACAGAAUAAUUAAAGCGACACGGCCUAACCUCUUUGUGAUUGAUCUGCACUCAGGCGAAAUCAGAACAGUGCGAGCUUUCAUGGAGGACGAUGAACCCAAACAAACCGUUGUCGUUUUAGUUACCGACAACGGGCCGGAAUCUCUCUCCGCCACUGCUACAGUCAGCAUAGCAAUUGGCGACGGUCUGCCCGUUUUAAACCAACUUUUUGAGUUUGCCGAUGAAUCACAGGACAGCGAUAACUUAACGCUCUAUUUAAUCAUCGCUCUGUCAACCGUUUCCUGUCUUUUCCUCCUUUUAAUUAGCGGAGUGUUUUAUUUUAAGCUCUGCCGGCGUGGUUACGUUUACCGUUCAACAACCACCGCCAGUCUGCCCGUUUUCCCCACGACCUACUGCCCCCCUAGUUUCACAGACUUAAGUCGUUGUGGGACCCUGCUGAAAGAUGACCGCUACGAUUCCUUCUUGACCACAGGGUCGUGGAGAGGCGAUUUUCGCUUUGGCUCAAACACAGACACUGAUACGUUGAAGAAAAGAAGCGCAGCCUAUCAGAAAAACACUUUAAGGCGCGCCAGUACAGACAGGGUUAGUCUGAAGGUGAGGGCAGGUGCACCGCACCCCUGCUACGUGGUCAAGUGA